AUGAGCUCAAGCGUGACAACCCGAGGGAGCGGGCGGGGGCGGGGACGAGGGCGGGGACGAGCGUCGGAGACGACGAGCACAGUGCCGAUAGCCACCUGGACGUCGUCCCUCGAUAUCCCCGUGGACGGUGCGACCCCGAUCGACGACGACAGAACGCCCGUUGCCGCUGCUCCCACCGUCGGCAACGGCAACGGCAACGGGUCCGGCAAUGCCAGCGGCAACGGCAACGGCACCUCAGGGCCUCCGGUCUACGAGAGCAAGCGCGCACCCCGCAAGUCCAAGACCGAGGCAAUGGCGGCCAUCAACCAGCGUUCAAUGUCCCCUGAAUCACGGCUCAGACAGACAAUGAACAUUCCCGCACCGAAACUGAACCCCCGAUUCGACAUGUCUACCGUCAACACCAAGUCUGUUCCGCCUCCGAGGACCACACCUCGUCUCAUGGGCCUCGAAGAGUGUCCGGUCUUUUACCCAACUGCAGACGAGUUCCGUGACCCAAUGACUUACAUUCGCUCCAUCCAUGAAAAGGCUGUCCCCCAUGGCAUCAUAAAGAUUGUCCCUCCCCAAGAUUGGGAAAUGCCGUUUACUUUCCGCUUCAAAACACGACUCCAGCGUCUAAACUCGAUCGAGGCCUCGUCCCGGGCCAAAAUGUCAUUUCUCGAGCAGCUCUACCGUUAUCACGACCAGGGCGCUAACAGGCCUUCUGUCCCGCUGAUUAAUCAUCAGCCUCUUGAUCUCUGGCUUCUCCGUCGGGAAGUCCAGCGCAGGGGUGGGUACGACACAGUCUCGCGCAAUAAACUAUGGGGCGACGUUCAACGUGCCAUGGGCUAUACCGGCCCAUCCGUCCUCGCCGCCCAGCUCAAGGCAGCAUACACCCGUAUCAUCUCGCCAUACGAAGUAUUCCGCGCUCAAGUCCGCCAUGACCCCUCACCCAAUCGGGACAGACGUGUCCAACCCCGAGGUCUUCCGGUCGCACCAGCCGAUCUCGUGUCUUUCCAUCUACCGCCGCCACACCCCCCUUCCCCCCUCACCCCAUCCUCUAGUCCCUUAUCGGAACCUCCGGAUGAUGCCGAUCCUCAAGCCUCACAAGCCGCCGGAGCGGACCUCUUGCCCAAGACCGUGCCCGGUCCAUCGAUGACGUUUGAUAAUACUCCACUACCCAAUCCGGAUCCUCCUGCUCCACCCGUUCGGAAAGGCGAGAUGUGCGAGUUGUGCCUCAAGGGCGAUCGUGAUACCGAGAUGUUACUGUGCGAUGGUUGUGACGAAGGUUUCCACAUGUCGUGCCUUGACCCGCCCCUGGAUGCCGUCCCUAAAGGCAGUUGGUUCUGCCAUACCUGCAUGUUUGGGAAUAACGACUACGGGUUUGACGAGGGUGACGAACACAGUUUGACGAGCUUUCAGCAGCGGGAUCAGUUUCGAAAGAGUUGGUUUGAGAAGCAUCCUCCCUCGGGCGAAGACCCGACUCGUAUCCCGAUUGGGGACUCGGAUAUCAAGGUGUCCGAGGACGAUGUCGAACGCGAGUUUUGGAGGUUGGUUCAGUCGUCGCAUGAGACUGUCGAAGUCGAGUAUGGGGCGGACGUUCAUUCUACGACGCACGGAAGCGCAAUGCCAUCUGUUGAAUCUCAUCCCCGCGACCCGUACUCGCGCGAUCCAUGGAACGUGAACAAUUUACCCAUACUUCAAGACUCGAUGUUGCGAUAUAUCAAGUCGGAUAUCUCAGGUAUGACUGUCCCAUGGACAUAUGUCGGCAUGUUAUUCCACAUUCUGCUGGCACAACGAGGACCACUAUACAUACAGUCUCAACUAUAUGCACUGGGGCGAGACGAAAACAUGAAGCGCCGGACCUGUUCGAGGCCCAGCCCGAUACUCUUCCAAUUGGUCACGCUCAUGAACCCUGAUCGUCUGCGCAAAGCCGGGGUACGCGUCUUUGCGUGUAAUCAGCGCCCUGGCGAGUUUGUGGUCACGUUACCCAAGGCGUAUCACGCUGGAUUUAACCAUGGGUUGAAUUUCAACGAAGCUGUGAAUUUCGCCUUGCCCGAGUGGUUGCCGCUUGGCCUGGAGUGUGCAAAGAGGUAUCAGGAGCAUCGAAAGUUGCCGGUCUUCUCGCACGAUGAGUUGUUGGUCACCGUGGUGCAACAUGCGUUGUCUGUCAAUAAUGCUCAAUGGCUCCUUCCCAACUUUAAAGAAAUGGUCGACCGGGAACUUGAACAGCGUGCGAUACUCGUCAGCCAACCCGGUGGUAUACUUGGCGAAACGCUCGACGAAUCCGACAGACCAGAAGAACAAUACCAGUGCUCGACGAAGGUUUCGGACGAUUGGCUGCAGGACACGUUGAAUGAUAUCGAGGCCAAGGCUCGUGCCCCGACUUUAUGGCGCGAACGGUUCGUCGAGGUUGUUACGGGGCCAGACUUGCCGAGCGUGAGCGUGUUGAGGCAACUGGUCACCGAGGGCGAAGCGCUCGAAAUUCCGAUGAUGGAGCUCAAGGCUCUGCAGCGGUGCGUGAAACGUGCGGCUGAGUGGUCGGACCAGGCGACGCAGCUGUUGGAUUAUGUCCCUCCCCCGCCCAAGAAACGAUCUCGCACCGAACACCAAUUCGGAAUCGAUGAUAUCCAGCGCCUCUUGGACGAGAUUAAAAAACUAGGCGUCGACGCGCCCGAGAAAGCCCGGCUCGAAACUCUGCUCGAACAGGUCAAUGAUUUCCAACAAAAGACUCGUCCGUUGAUUCGCAAGAUCGGAAACUCGGACGAUACGUCUCCGCUCGAGAUGUUUGAGGAGCUUCUGACGAUGGGCAAGAACCUCCGGCUCGAACUGGACGAACUGACCAAACUCGAGCAGCUCGUCGCGCGAUUACAGUUUUUCCAAAUCCUGUCGACUAUCAACGACAACGGUCUCACCCUGGACCAAGUCGAAGAGCUGUUGUUGAGGGGGUACGAGGCUCAGGUUCCGACGGACCACAAGGCGAUGAUCGAGCUGAAUCGCAAGGCGACGUUUGGGGGCGAGUGGAAGACCCGGGCGGUUUCGAUUUUGGCCCAGCCGAGACCGACGAUGCAGGAUCUGAACCAGCUGGUAGUCCCCGUCCAGUGGAUCCCGACGCUGCCCGACAUUCUCGACAAGCUCGACCGGGCGCGGCUCAAGGGGAGGGAAUAUGAGAAGCGCGUCGAGGGGUACUUGAGGCCACAGCAUCGAGGACAGGUGUCGAUCGACGAGGCGAACAAGUGUGCGGUGGCCGCGCUCAAGGAGGUAUUUUUCCAAUCGGCUGAAGAGCUGAGGGUGCUCUCGAACGAAGCAAAGCUAUGGGAAAAGUCGUGCGAGGAUAUAUUCACCGGUCGGUACACGCCGCGAACGAGCAAAGGCACGCUCGAAGAUAUUUACGCCAUGCGAGAAGAGGGUAAAAGCAAGUUUUGGGCGUUCAAGAUGCCGUGGUUCGAGCGACUUUUGAAGCAGCUUGGGCAACAUGACGAAUGGAUCACGCGUCUUCCCUGGACGCGACCAAAGCAUCCCGCACUCGAGAUGGACGCCAUCCAGAGGGAUUUGUCCAGUACUGAUUUGGGGAACGCUCCGCCUCCAGACGAGACGUGUACGUGUCUUUGCAUCGAGCCUGUCGUCUUGGGCGAGGGCCAGUCCGCGGCGGAUAUGGAAGUUGUCCAGUGCGACCAUUGUCUUGCGAAAUUCCACGCCAAGUGUAUCGAGGGCUCGUGUCCAUUUUGCGACCACCAUCACUGGAACGGGUCGAUGAAUAAACCACGCAAGUUUACAUACAUCCAACUCGUCUCGCUCUACAAGGCCGCGGGCGAGAUCAGCCGUUUGUUCUCAAAUGACUAUAUGACUAUCGCAAGAUGGGGGGCUCAUUAUAAAAUGCGACGAUCUCGCGCGACCGAUCAUGACGUUUUUGCGACAAGUCGGACAACAAGGAUCCCCCGAUCCCGCCUCACUUCCCAGAUUCGUCACUUUAUGCGCAAGCUGUAUCGAAUCCAAUUCGACAUCACUCCUGCGAAUAAUACCAGCUUCGGACUCUCCCUUGCCCAUUUGCACCGAACGAUCGCGAUGCAGCCGACGCCCAAGACGUCCAAGCGUCGCAUGAACCGUAAACCGAAGUUUGUGUUCAAGUCCGAGAUUGAUUCCAAGGCCGAGGAUGGGACGAGGUGUUUGUGCGGCGGAGCGGCGACCCCGCUUAAUCUCGAGUUGAUUACAUGCGGAAAGUGCAUGACGCUCUAUCAUGUUGCGUGUGUGGCGUUUAGUAGUUUGGAUGACGCGCCAGAUCCGGCAAACCGUAUGGACCUGCCGAUGUACGGGUCAAGUAUCCGGUUAGCAGAUGAUGAUCCUGAAGAAGCUGCUAAAUUUGUCGACGUCAAGGCGUGCUUGGAUAAUUAUAGUUCGAAGCUCAUUCGUCGCAGUCUACCAUCACCCCAUCGCACGACAAUCACUGUCCAGCUACCACUUUGUCCCGGCACGAACCCUGAUGUGGACGAGCCUGAACCAUCACCCACGACUCCUAGCAAGCCAUCCAACAGCUCUCCCGGAAAUCACUAUCCGGAAACUCGAGUCAGGAGACACCCAAUGGUCAAACCGUCGUUCGACGAGUAA